UACAGGCCAGUCGCCAAAAGUCGUUAUUGGUUGACUUUUACCAUCAGCAUUUGUCCCUUUUCUUCUCUCCCAAAUUCCAAUUCCAUAACCUACCACAAUUUUACUACACAGAGACAUAACAAAACCACAUUUAAAAAAAAAAAAAAAUUCAAAUCAAAUACUAUGGCAUCUUCAGUUUCAGACUCUCUUCAUUCCAGAAAACAUCAUGCCUAAGAAACAUUAAAAUUAUAGACAUGGGUAAUUCUGGUUUUGUUGUAUCUCUCCUUGUGUUGUUUACAUUCUCUCUUUUACGCUCAGUUUGUGGAGACACAGAGCUGACAGCUCUUUUAGAGGUAAAAGCUUCUUUGGACCCAGAAAACAAAUUGUUGAAGUCUUGGACAGUGAAUGGAGAUCCAUGUGGUGGUUCGUUUGAGGGAAUAGGCUGCAACGAGCAAAGGAGAGUGGCUAACCUUUCGUUGCAGGGGAAGGGUUUAAGUGGCAAAUUAUCACCUGCUUUGUCAGGCCUCAAGUCUUUGUCUGCUCUCUACUUGCAUUACAAUAAUUUGUCUGGAGAAAUACCCAAAGAGAUUGCCAACCUCAUACAGUUGACUGAUUUGUAUCUAGAUGUUAAUAAUUUAUCUGGGAGUAUUCCCCCUGAGAUUGGACACAUGACCAGUUUGCAAGUUUUGCAGCUAUGUUGUAACCAGCUGACAGGGAAUUUGCCCACCCGAAUGGGGUCCUUGAAGGGCCUAAGUGUUCUUACAUUGCAGCAUAACAGAUUAACUGGUGAAAUUCCUACCAGUCUGGGGAACUUGGAGAUGUUAAGCAGGCUUGAUUUAAGCUUCAAUAGCUUCUCUGGUCCAAUUCCUCAAAGCUUAGCACUCAAUCCGCACUUGGAAGUGCUAAAUAUCCAAAACAAUAGUCUUUAUGGGAUUGUCCCUGCCGGUUUAAAGAGAUUAAAUGGAGGGUUCCAGUGUCAAAACAAUCCCGGUUUAUGUGGAGUUGGGUUUGCUUCAUUGAGAAAUUGCACUCCUUUUGAUAAUGCACAAAUCAACCAACCCUUCAGAUCACAUUUAAACAAAACAGUUACCAUCGAUAUCCCUGAUUCUACAAAUUACCCAGCACAAUGCAAUCAAAGAAAUUGUUCAAAAUCAUCAAAAUUACGAAAAGUUCUCAUAGUAGUUGGGGUUGUUACAAUCACUAUCACUUUAGCAGUUGCUGGAUUUUUUACCUUGUUUCGCUACCGUAGGCAGAAACAAAAGAUUGGGAGUACAGCAGAGUCUUCUGAAGACCAACUUAGCACAGAUCUAGCUAAGGAGUUUAAUGGGAAUGGGACUGGUGCCUCUCCACUUCUGAGCCUUGAAUAUAUUCAUGGAUGGGAUCCAUCGGGUCAUGGUCUGAAUGGCAGUGGAAUCUACCAGGAGCAACUGAAUAACUUUAGAUUCAACUUGGAAGAGAUUGAAUCUGCAACCCAGUGCUUUUCUGAGGUAAACUUAUUGGGAAGGAGCAACUUCUCGUGUGUUUAUAAAGGAAUUCUAAGAGAAGGUAGUGUUGUAGCUAUUAGAAGCAUUAGUGUGACUAGCUGUAAAUCUGAUGAGGCUGAAUUUGUAAAGGGGUUGAACUUAUUAAAUUCAAUAAGACAUGAAAAUGUUGUUAGGCUGCGAGGCUUUUGUUGCUCAAGGGGAAGAGGAGAAUGUUUUCUAAUCUAUGAUUUCAUCCCCAAGGGAAAGCUCUCAAAAUAUCUUGAUGUGGAUGUUGAAACUGGAAACGCUUACGUACUUGAUUGGCCCACAAGAGUUUCCAUUAUCCUUGGCAUAGCAAAAGGUAUUGCAUAUAUACAUGGCAGUGAAGGUAGCAAGCCUGCCAUAGUUCACCGGAACAUAUCUGUUGAGAAGAUUCUCCUUGACCAGCAGUUUAACCCAUUGAUUGCAGAUUGCGGCCUGCAUAAGCUUCUAGCAGAUGACGUUGUCUUUUCAGCUCUUAAAACUAGUGCUGCAAUGGGAUACCUAGCUCCAGAAUAUGUUACCACAGGCCAAUUUACUGAAAAGAGUGAUGUAUUUGCUUUUGGAGUGAUCGUCCUUCAAAUUCUAUCCGGUAAACUUGUGCUCAGCAGUUCUAUGCGAGUGGCAUCUGAAUCAGGUACAUUUGAAAAUUUCAUUGAUAAGAAUCUGGAGGGGAAUUUUGCCGAGUCAGAGGCAGCUAUGUUGGGGAAAAUUGCCAUUGCUUGCACCCAGGAGCUUCCUGAAAACAGACCUACCAUGGUUGAAGUAAUUGAGGAGCUAACAAUUGGAGCUGCAGCACCAGUGAUGGCCUCAUUUCUAUUUCCUCUGUUGAUGCAUCAGGGAGACGAAACUCGCUGAAAGGGGGAGCUGUUGCUGACUGUUUUUUUUAAUAUCUAGUGCCCACAAUGGUUCCAAGGCUUACUGCGAGCUUUAAAAGUUGAUUUCUUGUAAAUUGAGUUCAUCCACUGAAAAUUCUGGGCAGAUAAAGUCCUCUCGUGAGUUAUAUAUUAAAUGUAAUAACUUUGGCUCCGACUUGGUGAAAAGCAGCUGCAGGAAAAUUUUAUCCAUGUAUCAGAAUAACUACAUUCCGAACAUUCUCUUUUUGUUUCCUCCAAACAAAAAAUUCAUUUCAACA